UCAGAUUCUCUCUACAGAGACCUCUACAGCACAGAGAUCCAGCUAUGGCACCUACAAUCACUGCAGCAAUGACCAACUCUCAGGACCAUCUGACUCUGACCCACAAGCUCAGAAAGCCUCUGGUGGAGAAGUUACGCAGAGAGCGAAUCAACAGCAGCAUUGAGCAGCUCAAGUCUCUCCUGGGUCCAGAGUUCGUCAAACAGCAGCCAGACUCCAAGCUGGAGAAAGCAGACAUCCUGGAGAUGACAGUUUGCUUCCUAACACAGCUGCAGCAGCAGAAUCAACAGCAAGGAAGACUGCUGAACCACUUCAACAAGCUGCAGUCUUCCUCUGAUAAGAACCUGAGAGAGGCUGACUUCUCUCCUCUGAGCUCCACAGUCCAGACCCAGACCAGCAUCACCAAAGAGAAGAGUCCAGUCAACAGCACCCUCUGGAGGCUGUGGUAG